AUGCCACCAAGAGUCCAGACGAUCAAUUGGGCUUCUUUAGGCCAGCUCAGCUUCUUCUGCAACGUCAAUCGUCUUCAUCACGCUUCUCCCUUGUUCUCCCGGCCAAAGGCCGCACAAGCGUCGCAAAUGUCUGAUUUCUCACCUCAUGGUGUAGCUAAAUACACUCCAGAACCUGAAUCUCGCGACAAAAAUGAGAUGCUGAUGCUCAUCAGGCUGUGUACCUGUUCACACGGAGUGGAGCUCUGCAUGGCGUUCCGGUACGAACCCGUUCAGGUACGACGAGUUAACAACGUGAUUAAACUGCUGUCGACAACGGGAGAACGAACCGGCAAGCCUCAGUAUUUUCGAGCCGUCCUUCUAAAGGUCCUUUUGCGUCGCUCAUCUUGUUUUCACCGCACUUUCGAAAGUUGCCGAGGAAUGUUCUCGAGUCAUUUCGGUACACAGCUGCUGAGUUAA